AUGUCUCAAGAACAUUUACGUAUACCGCCGGAUAUACUAGCAACAUGGGAUAAAAGUGGUCAGUCAAUGUUGAAAGCUGCUGGCACUGUUCUAGACGAUUUAAAUGAAAACGAAGAUUGUAGUAAUCAUAAAGAUCUUAAUUUGAUGCAACAAAAUGAUGAAAAUGAUACUGAUGAAUAUUAUCGAUUUAUAUCUGCACCAUGUUACCUUCCAGAAUGGCGGACAUAA